AUGUCGAUCCUGAGAACAGGUGUCCAUCUGAGCAUAAUCUUCUGCACUUUCGAUAAGCGGCCCUCUUACUGUAUCUGACAGAUUUGGGUAGCAAAAUUUUCACUUAAUUACCAACAAGCCGUACACGAAAUGAACAUGAGUGAUGGAGUUGUCGUGCUGGGGGGAGGGCGUGAAGGCUACGAAGAACCGUGCGAACGUUUGCAAAUUUACUGUAGGCCGUUAAUAUUAAGUGGCUGUGUAGGCGAUGUUUGUUGACACAGGGAGGGUGAGGUCUCGCGGAUAGCUCUUCGCAGAUCCUAGUCUAGAUUCAGAUUUGCUCUUUCUUUAUCGACGCACACCAACUUCCGACGAAAUGGAGGCAAACGCGGUCGAAAUUCGCCCCAGUCUGUGGAGCGGGGGGGGUGGUCGUUACGGUUUACUAAGCAAAUUGAGUUCAUCUAUGAGCCAGUUGUUAUUUCCGUUUUAUUGUGACCUCGGAAAAACUGGUAGGUACGCUUGCAAUCCCCUCACCUCUAGAGAGCUGACACCGGCGAUGCGAGUCCCAAACUAUGACGUCCGUUUUACUAUUUCAUGGGAGAGGGGCCUCAAAACGGCUUAUAGAGCACUUAUGGGUUUCGGGCGUCUCGUUCCAGCGCACUGUCGUCAUUGCUGCGCAACACCGUAAAUUUAAGUUUCACGUAACUGCCUCCGAAGAGAGAAGCACCAUGCUUAGACUGGCCUUCCUGCCAGCGUAAAGCUAGGGUGACUAGCAUUCUGUUUUGUAUUGGAUGAACGAGGUCGACAAAUUAGUCAGGUUUUCGAUCUAUAGAGCAUCUUCAUCUCUGAUCCAGAGAUGGCAUCUCUCCUGACUAGUGAAAUUUAGCUUGAAGAUUUAGGUUGACUCUGGACCGCGUUGGCACCAAACGGAUAGAGCAAGGAUGCAGCUGCUCAAUUCGGUGCUAUCCGCAGGUUUUUUGUAAGCUUUCAAAAGUCCCCCGUGUACACGGGACACCCGCCCUGUCAAUCCUCUGUGAUUGUGCUUCCUGGGCUGUGCGCCUGAAGGGCAAUCAAGAACUUGCGGUUAUCAGACACUGUUGCCCGAGUACAGUCCUUCCUGUGACAUACGCAGAUUUGUCGAAUUAGAUGCCCCUCACUUGCUGCAAACAAUUCCAUGGGCAUCUCGGACCAUCCUAGAAAAACGACUGAAGUGGUUUUAUCACUUUAUCAGUCUUUCCCGCAAGUUCAACGCCUUGCCCUUAAUUUCGAACCGCCUCUUAUUAAAGGCAAUGAAAAGACCAAUUUAACACCUCUUUGGCAGAUUCUGUCAAAAUAAUGUGACUGGUUCCUAUACCUAUAAUAUUGAGCCUUCGUCUCUGAAAUCGAUAGCGGGUUUAUUUCACUGGGUCUACUACCAUAGUUCGUCAGUCGUGGAGAAACACAUUGGGGCCAGGUUGAUAAGGUAUAAUCAAGGCCUCACCUGACCUAAGUAUGUAAGCAGUUUGUUCAUCAUUGCAGAGAGUGCCCAUUGGUCACGCCCCCGUUCACCUCUGGCCCAGUCAUAACGAUUGUGCCACCGUUCAAAUCACGGUUAGUUAGCUAAUAGACAUGUAUUUCACUCUAGGGGUAUUUUAGUAGAUUUCGUGAUCUCACCGACGUCUUAGGCCUGUCCGAUAUAAGUCGCUACUUUGACUCAGCAGCUCUUGCCGUUCUCCAACAACUUACCACUUUUGCGGCCCUAGCGGAAGGGCUGCUUAGUGCUCUCAAUCGGGUUGUUUGGCCAUACAUCGGUAAAGUUAUUCGGCUGCAUUAACCAUUGCGACUCUGAUGGGUUAGUUCGGGAAUUAAUCAAACCGUCUCACCAACCGAAAUCUCCAGGGUAACCAUUCGAUGCAUCCUUCUCUGGUUCAGGCUGCAUGGCAAGACAAACACUUAUGCUUUGAAAACCUCAACUAAGUGUGUUCUCCCAACUUACGUCGGCCUGAGUCACUUUGGUCAUUAUUAAGAACCAAGUAUUCAGGUUUAUUUUAACUAAUGCAUGGUUUUACUCAAGGGUGUUGCUAGAUUCGGCACUACUAAUCGAUCUGCCACCACGUACUUAGCUACGAAGACUAAAACCUGAUCGGGUUGAUCGGCUGCAGAGUUAUCCUUGGCCUUACUGACAAACGGUUAGUUGCGCUAACCAGGAUCAGCAGCCCUUCGCUAUUGCCGCACAUUUCUUAUAGUCUAACCUACUUUAUUGGUUCACACGGCCCUCAUGCAAUCCGUACCCGGUUAACUGGUCGUAACAAGCCUAUCUAAAGGCCAUCUCUUGGAUGUAAAACCUUGCGUGCAAACUUCACAGACACGUGGCCUUCACGAAUGACUGCAUAUAACGCUUGUUUACAACGAUACGGAUUUUAAUUCAGCAGCCUAAGCCACUGCAUGUCCCGAUUAGCUUUAUACCACACUAUUCAGCACUUAGAUUUCUAUACAUGUUGUGAUCUCAUCUUAGACCAUUUCGCAGACAAACAUAAGUCUUAAAUCAAUUCCUGUCAGUCCGAUCACUUAUACUGACUUCUUUCAGUUGGGUAGACAAAUAGAACUGAUGAUAAUUUAUCAAGAACGUACUCACAGUUCUUCAAUGAGAUUUUUCGCAGAACCGUCUUUUAGUUCAACUUGCCGAUAGUGAUUAUCUUCGAAACAGCUAGUGAUUUUUCAAACAUUAGAAGCUUUGGAUUGAUCAGACUCACUUUAAAUCGUCUUAAAUCGAUAUAUCUUUUCAAAAGGCAUAUUCAUCGUGGCAGCUAAACGCACCCCUUUUGGGGCAUUCGGUGGGAAGUUGGCUAAUCAGUCGUGUACGGACUUAGCCGAACACGCCUCAAGGGUUUGCUUGGCGGAGUCACGCCUACCGCCCUCAGCCAUCGAUUCAGUCAUUUUCGGGAACGUUUGUCAGGUUUGCCUCUUUCGCCGCAUUUCUCAUCAGAAUUGCUUCUACAGAGCAGCAAGGACACCGCCUACCUGUCACGUCACGUUGGUCUUCGUUUGGGUCUUCCUGAGACGACAUCGGCCAUGUCUGUUAACCGCAUGUGUGGCUCUGGCCUUCAGUCUGUAGCGAGCGCGGCUAUGGAAAUAGCUGUCGGCCAGUCUCAUGCUGUGCUUGCUGGUGGAGCCGAAAAUAUGUCUCUUGCGCCAUUUACGCUCCAUGGACCUCGUUACGGUGUGCGCAGGGCGUCAGAUAUGCUGGUGAGUCGUGCGUCACCUCUUUCAAUCCCGACAUUUAAACAGUUUCAGUGAUAUUUAUUGCCCAUGUUUUGUUUGGUUUUUGACCGCGGGAGUAACUUAUCUGAUUUUGACGUUGCUUUUAUUUUCAAACUUCCCGUAUUGCGAUGCAUCAACUAAUACAUUUAUAUUCGUUUACCUUUACACAGCACGUUAUAUUGCCACCAACUGAGACCUUUUCAUUGUUUACAGCCACGUGUCGUCUCUCAACAAAUUCAGAUACUGUCGUCCGUCUCAGAUGGACAUAUUUUGCUUUAG